CCCAGAGAAACCCGCGGCGGCGGUGCCAGCACCCAGCCGCCGCGGUCGGGGACGGCUUUCCGCAGGGGCGGCCGGGGGCGCGGGGGUGCGCGGGCGGUGACCGCGCCAUGCAGUACCAGCCGCCGGGCGCGGCGCCGGCGGCCCUGGGCGUCGGCGUCCCGCUGUACGCGCCCACGCCGCUGCUCCAGCCCGCGCACCCCACGCCCUUCUACAUCGAGGACAUCCUGGGCCGCGGCCCCGCCGCCGCCCCGGCCCCCCACUCCCUGCCCGCCCCGCCGCCGCCGACGCUGCCGUCGCCCAACUCCUCCUUCACCAGCCUGGUGUCCCCGUACCGGACCCCCAUCUACGAGCCGACCCCCGUCCAUCCGGCCUUCUCCCACCACCUCGCCUCCACCUAUGGCACCGGCGCCUACGCCGGGCCCCUCUACUCCUUCCCCCGCGCCGUCGGCGACUACGCGCACGCCCUGAUCCGGCAGGACCCCUUGGGGAAGCCGCUGCUGUGGAGCCCCUUCAUCCAGCGGCCGCUGCACAAGAGGAAGGGGGGGCAGGUCCGCUUCUCCAACGACCAGACCAUCGAGUUGGAGAAGAAGUUCGAGACGCAGAAAUACCUCUCCCCGCCGGAGAGGAAGCGCCUGGCCAAGAUGCUGCAGCUCAGCGAGAGGCAGGUCAAAACCUGGUUUCAGAAUCGCAGAGCCAAAUGGAGGCGUCUAAAGCAGGAGAACCCCCAGGCCACCAAAAAAGAAGAAGUAGAAGGUGCUGACAGUCACAGUGACCAAAGGCCGGAGAGCUGCCAGAGCCCCGAGCAGAAGGGGAAAAGAAUUAUGCCACAGAAGCCUGUGGAUGACAUGACACCAGAACUCCUCUGAAAGUCGUGUGUGGUAGGAUGCAACUGGUCAACUUCAGAGUCUUUUGCAAGACAGCAGAAGUUCCCUUUGCCUGAGGUAAUAAACAUCUUACAUGCACAGUUGUGGCUGGAGAGGGCGGUUUAUAUUGAUUCAUCAUCAACCACUCCAAAAUGAGAUUGCUGUGUUGUUAUAUUACCCUUGGAAGGAUUUUCCUGACAAAAUUAUUUUCUGUUAUUUUGUAUUUUUUUUUUCCAAGAUGAUACUUUUGCCUCAUGACUGUCUCCCGAGCUAUCAAUUGCAGAAUUCAUUAACGCAACCUGUACAAUCUUAUUUCUAUAUGUAUGAGGAAUAAUCUAGUACUGGCAAAUGAGGCACACAUGAUGAUACUUAAAAGUGUAUGUAAAGUAUUAAGUUAUUUGUUGGUUGCACCAGAACAAAUGUAGGAUAAAUAAUGCCAUUAAAUAAGAAAUUGAUUAAGGCCUUAUUUUUUCUUCGUUGAUUACAGAAUCUGCAUUACUACAUACUUUCCAUUAUUUGCAAAUUACACCAGACAGAUUGAAUAAAUGCUUUAAAAUGGGUCCUGAACACUGGUUUAGAAACACAGAGGAAGUGGUUUCUUAGACAACUGCUACCCACAUAUUGAUUUAACAACAGAGAGGUGGAGGGGCAAAGAUGAUUAUGUUGAUGUACUGAACUGUUGAUUGUUUAAUUGAAGGUAAAAUUUUUAGCUUCACUAGUCAAUUACCUGAUCUCAUUAAGUUCUUAAAAAUCACUAAAAUACCGUUCUGGCUGAAGCAGCUGCACUUUGCUUCUAUAUUGUCUAAAGCAUUAGGAAAAUCAUUUGCUAAUGGUGAUUUACAAGUGUAAACAUGUGAUAUUUUUAGCAUCUGAAUAAGCUUUCUCCAUGUGAGAGAUUUUGAACUACUACCAUGCACCAGAUAUGUAAGGGCAAAGAAGGAUAUGAAAUGUGUUUUAAUGUUUGAUUAAAUGAACCUUAAACUUCUAAAUAUAUUAAGGUUUCUUUUAUUUGAAUCUUAUCAACAGGGUGGAAAAUAGAGGUAGAAAAUAAUGACUUUUUAAAGCUUAAAAAUAAAAAUUUAAAGCUGUUUCAAAUAUAAAUGCAAGAAAAUUUUCAGCGCCUGCCACAUAACAGAGUUUGUUUUAAGAAUAAAUAUAAACUAAGAGAGCAUUUGGCAUCCCUGUGGAGGAAGAAGCCCCAUGCUGUGAAAAUGCUGAAGAUGUCAGCCUGACAGCACAAGGAGGACUCCAGAGCAGCCUGACAGCACAAGGACAACUCAUCCUGGGCCUCCCCUUGUUACUUUGGAAGUUGCUGGUAGAGGACUUUGCAUAGGACCUCCUGGAUUCUAUAUGCCAGUGGGCACAGUACUGAUGUAAGCACUGCUAGCAAUAAGUGGCAAUUUUUGUAUUUCCAAACAUCAUAGGAAGACAUUCUUUCAGGUUAACACAUUUUCAUUUUGCAGGAUGCCUGUCCCAUAAAAGGUACGUGAUCAGUCAAUAAUCAUACAGUUAUGUAGGAAGCCUUAUUCAAAACCUGUGUGGUGAGGGUUCUGUCCUCGUGUGCUUCAUUUAGUUUUUAAAUCAGCUCAGAGAAAGACAGCUGGUUUCCAUGCAGAAGGAAUCUGGGAUGAAUUUCUUCAUUCCUGCAAGCAAUGUGACUUCAGUAACAUACAUGAACUUGAUGAACUCUCAGAAAGGAGCUUGUCAUGUUUUUCUCUCAGUGCAAAGAUGUAACGAGUUUAUGAACAAGUCCCAAAAUGAGAAAGAGGGAAGACCUGGAUUGUAUUUUUCCCUCUUCACAAAGGGUUAAUGAGACAUAGUAGUAGUAGAGAAAUAAUUUAGAAGAAUUUCAGUAGCGCUAAGAUCUCUCAGUUUUUUUGGAUAUUCCCACUGAUAUCUGGUUCUGGUACUGUGCCAGUCCAUGUGCCACCUAAAAUCUCUUUGGAGUGAAAAAUGACUAUCAAAAUAUGAAAAGGGGACAAAAGCACACAGCACUGACAAGGAAAUGUGCCAGUUCCCCAGUCUUAGAGCACAUGCCUCCAAACUUCUCAGGAAAUAUAAUUAUCUUCCUAUAAUUAUCUAUUAUUGCUCGAAGUUCCCAUACAUCAGUAGCUCCUAAACUACUGACAUGGCUAUUACUUAGGGUUUUAGUUACUUGAAUUGAAGUGCAAAGUGCAAGGCAAAUAAAACUGCUAGUGUUGCCUUUUGAUGUCAUGUAAAUUGGCAAUUACGUUCUGCACAAGGCAGUGAUAUAAAUUAUGAGAUCAACCCGAAUCUGAGGACAUUCACAUGGAGUCUUCCUUAAUAUCUGGUAGGUGCCAGAAAGUAUUUUGUGUUGCAACACAUGACAGUGGGCAUGAAAAGUACAAAAACCUGUUUUAAAGAAAACAAUAUCAAUUUAAGUCUUUCAGAGGGCAAAACUACUCAGGGUCUGGAGUUUGGGUUUGUUUUCCAUUUCUUGGGGUAUUGCCUUUUUAGGGUGUGGGGAGGGGGAUGUUUUGGCUCUGCACUGUUGUUUAUUGACUGUGGAAUUGUGCAGAAAGAGUAGAAGCUGUGUAGAGCUGUUCCAAAAUGCACUCAUAUUGUCAAGCCAGGGAAGUUUGUUGUGCCAGUGUUAUUUGUGUCUGUCCAAAAUGGUGCUGCAACCUUUCUCAGGGUAAAAUGGCACAAACUCAUUUUUGGAUGGGGUAGAGCCUGUGUAACUUGGUUCAUCACUGCAGUUUUUGGAAUGAUAGCAAAUUUGACUGUGACUUUUUUACAGGAACAAUUAAAACAUUUUAAGCACUGAUUCAAAGGUAAUUCUUGGUGAUAGCUGAUAUCAACAGUGGGUUGACUUCCUACUUGGUAAGUAGGCCAGAAAAGCCAUCCUGGUGGAAAGGAGAACCUGGAAAGUUUCCUGUGAGCAGAGCCCUGUGCACCAGGAGAUCCUGCAGGGAGAAGCUAUAGGAGUAGCCAGCUCAAGAAAGUGCCUGGGGCCAAAUAUUUGCAGAACUGUUCUGAACUAUAGUUCUGCAUAGGGUCUUUGUGGUUUUGAGAUAAAAAAAUGAGGAAACUGAAUAAAAACAUCUACCCACCAAAAGGGUGACUUGUAUGAGGGUAUCACUUCUGUUUGCCGUCUCCUCCCCCUUGCAGACCUGUGCACUGGCAGAGGCUGCCUUGCUACUCUUGGUAAACAAUUUUAGAGGUGUUUGACUGUCAUUAAAGUUCAUGCAGAUUCUUAGAUGCCAAAUAUCUUGUAAUCUGCACCCUGAAGAUUACAUGUUGAUACACAGCCAUCCAUUUAAUAAUCCAUUUAAUUUCUAUUUUUGAAGUAAAACAGAAGAAACAAGCAGUAUUUUUCUUUUACAUAAUGAGUACUUAAUUCUGAAGUAAUUUUAAGGUCUCCUUAGUUUCUAUUUUUAUUUGUUUGUUGUUAUUGUUGUGUUUGUGUGUUUAUUUAUUUUUAUUCUGUUCUUAUUUUCAGUGAUUUUUCAUAUUCUUCAGAGUAGGAAGAACUAUUUUUCUGGUAGCAUGAGUUAUACCAAAUCCUGCAGGUUGCACUUAAUGCUGAUUUAGGUGUCAAACUUAGCAAGGAGUGUCAACCUAGAGAGACCUUUUCCCUGACAAAUAAAUCAGCAUAUUUCCUAAAAUGAAGCCUGCAGGUGUUUACUUAUUUUGUGUUUUUCAUUCGUUUUUCAGUUGAUUUGAGCUCAUGCCAGUUUAUACAGCACUAGAUUGCUAGUUUUCUAAAAUAUAUUCUCUAGAAAAGGAGAAAUUACAGUGCAGUGUUUGCUGAAACUACAAGAGUCUGAGGUCAUAAUACUUGUUUAUAAAACACAUUUCUUAAACUUCUGUCUUCCGAGAAUCAGCUAAAGCAUAAUGCUGGGAAUAGAAUGCAUAAUGAAUAAAGAUAUUUCAGUGAUUCA